AUGGAUGGCUACCAUCCAUAUCGUAGUUGGGUAUAUGAUAAACUUUAUGUUCAACGAAGGGGGUUGAAACCAGCCUUCGCAAAAGGUGUUGAAGAGUUUACAACAAAGGCAAUAAGUCGAAAUCAAUUUGUAAAAGAUGGUGGCAUCAGAUGUCCUUGUCACAAUUGCAUGUGUAGCGGUAUAUUGUCUGCAAGUGAAGUCAAACUUCACUUGUAUAGGUUUGGGUUCCAACCAAAUUAUUGGUAUUGGACUGAGCAUGGUGAAGAAGCCCCACAUAUUGACCCAGAAAAUAUUCCAAGUAGUAGUGGAAAUAUUGAUAACGAUGAUCCGUUUACGUUAAUGCAACAUAUGGUCGAUGAUGCAUUUGGUCCUACGUAUGACUUCCAAAAUAUGGGUGAUGAAGGCAACGAGGAAGAGAAUAAUGAAGAGCCCCCAAAUGAUGAUGUUCAAGACUUUUAUGAUUUGUUAACUGCUGCAAACAAACCCUUAUAUGAGGGGGCUUCUGAUUCAAAACUUUCAAUAUGCGUGAAACUUUUAGCUUGCAAAUCAAAUUGGAAUGUUCCACAGAAAUGUCUUGAUUUCUUUGCAAGCAUGCUUGUAGAUGUGUGUCCUUUUAAGGAUUCACUUCCAAAAAAAAUUUACCAAGCGAAAAAAUUGGUGAUAAUGCUAGGAUUGAAGUUUGAGAAAAUUGAUUGUUGUGUUAAAGGGUGCAUGUUGUACUACAAAGACAAUAGUGCAGAUAUAGAGUGUAGGUUUUGCCAUGAACCUCGAUAUAUUCCUCGUAAGCCUGAGAUAGGUAUCCAUAAAGACAUUCCAGUUAAGAGGGUGUUCUAUAUGCCGAUCACUCCAUGGUUAAAAAGAUUGUAUGCAUCAACAGAAACUGUUGCCCAAAUGAGAUGGCAUCAACAUAAUAGAUCGAGUUCAGGCAGUUUACGUCAUCCAUCAGAUGGGGAAGCUUGGAACCAUUUUGAUGCAAAGUAUCCAAACUUCGCAAAUGAACCAAGAAAUGUAAGGCUUGGUUUAUGUUCUGAUGGCUUCACGCCAUACAUUCAGGCCUCUUCAACCCCAUAUUCUUGUUGGCCUGUUGUUGUGACCCCGUAUAAUCUCCCGCCCGAAAUGUGCAUGACUAAACCAUUCAUGUUUUUGACUUGUCUCAUACCUGGACCAUCUAACCCAAAAGCAAACAUUGAUGUAUAUUUACAACCGUUAAUAGAUGAGCUUAAACAGUUGUGGAGUGAAGGGGCUUUGACUUAUGAUAUUUCCAUGAAACAAAAUUUUGUAAUGAGAGCAACCAUAAUGUGA